CACACUCUCCGGUCAUACACCACCUGAAUCCUGUAUUUCUCGUUCUCCGAUUCGAUUCAAGUACACCAUGAAGACUCCUGGAUCCAUCCUCUUGGCGCCUUCUCCGGCCGAGUCCAAUUAUGACCUAAUGUACUACUUGAAGGGAGCCGCAGCGGGAGGUAUCUGUUGCUCAAUUACGCACGGCGCCCUUACGCCCGUGGACGUCGUCAAGACUCGUGUGCAGUUGGACUCUGCCAAGUACAACCGCGGUCUGAUCGGAGGCUUUAAACAGAUCAUUGCGGAAGAGGGAGCAAUGGCUCUGACUACCGGUCUUGGCGCGACUGCCGCUGGUUAUUUUAUUCAAGGAUGGUUUAAAUUCGGAGGUGUUGAAUAUUUCAAGAUCAAUGCUGCCCAGUCUCUCGGAGAGGAGAAGGCCUGGGAAAACAAGACUAUUAUCUACAUUGGUGCUGCUGCUGCUGCGGAAUGCAUUGCCGAUAUCUUCCUAUGUCCUUUGGAAGCUGUCCGUAUCCGAUCUGUCUCAGACCCCGAGUUCUGCGAUGGACUUAUUGACGGAUUUAAAAAGAUGGCUGCGCAGGAAGGUAUUGGUGGAUUCUAUGCCGGUCUUGUUCCUAUUCUUGCCAAGCAGGUUCCUUAUACCUGCGCCAAGUUUGUUGUCCAAGGAAACGCCGCUGACGCUAUCUACGCUUCCAUGGGCAAGACUCCCGCUGAUGUCCCCAAGUCGACCAACAUUGGAAUUUCUCUCGCUUCUGGUGUUGUUGCUGGAGUUGCGUCCGCUAUCAUCUCGCAUCCCGCUGAUACUCUUCUCUCCAAGGUCAACAAGAAAGGUGCUGGUGGUUCCGGAUCGAUGGCCUCGCGUUUGGCUAACAUUGCCAAGGAGAUUGGUUUCGUUAAGUUGUGCACGGUCGGUUUGGCCCCUCGUUGCGUCAUGAUUGGUACACUGACCGCCGGACAGUUCGGUAUUUUUGAUACUGUCAUGAAUGCCCUUGGUGCCAGCAAGUUCCACUUCCACAACCCUCAUGCGUAAAGGUCAUCGUAAUACCCACAAUAAGUCUCAAAUAGGUUGAUUUGCUUUGUCC